GGGAAACCCUUCUGGGCUGAUUCUGCCUGCACAGAGCUUUGCGAGUGCAACCCUUCCACAGGUUUAGUCACCUGCCAGAAAUCUCAAUGCAAACCUGAAGAAGAAUGUAAAGUUGUAAAGGGUGUGAGUGAAUGUAUGGCGAAAACCAUUCCAAAACCAGUGAUUCCACAAAAAGUACUGACAUGUACCCACAAGGGAAAGACUCAUCCUCCAGGGAAACCCUUCUGGGCUGAUUCUGCCUGCACAGAACUCUGUGAGUGCAACCCUUCCACUGGUGAUGUCAGCUGCCAGAAAUCUCAAUGCAAACCUGGAGAGGAGUGCAAACUAGUCGGCACCAUGAGCACAUGCAUUGCACUGUCUAAACAAAAAUAUCACUACACAUACAUUACAGUCUUCAUGUUCAAUUCGAAUGAAAAGGAGAAAGGCAAAAACCAGCUUUACAUCACCUCCUAUCUAUCAGACACGAAUGUGCUUGUCACUGUCAACAAGUCUCCAUUCAAACAUAAACUGACCAUACAGGAUGGAAAGUCUGUAACAGUGGAGGUACCUUCUGACACGGAAUUGAGAGGCACCGGCAAAUAUUCCAAAACGGUCAUGAUACGUUCCAGCAAGUUCAUCACCAUUGUGUCCUCCAAUCAGAAGACGAAUUCAGUUGAAACCUCACUGGUGUACCCAGUCACUAAAUUGGGCCUAGAAUACUAUGUCUUCACUCCAUCAGCCUCAGGGUACCCAAAAGAGUUGGCUGUUUUUAGCUUGUACCGGUCUACAUCGGUGACUGUGGAGUUGAAGUGCACUGUCACCUUUGAAGGUAAAACUUAUAAGCCAAAUGAAAAGCUUACUGCUCGUAUUUGUGCAUCUGUGGUCCUCUAUCUGGAGUCCAAUGAAGACUGCACCGGGUCAAGAGUGGUGUCAGACAAGCCUGUAGGUGUCAUCUCAGGACAUGCUUGUGCUUCAAAGAACUCCAAAUGCCAGCACACCUUUGAACAGCUGUUACCUGUAGAGCAUUGGGGUACAUCCUACAUUGUCCCACCUUUGGAGUAUCAGAAUUUGCAAGACUCUGUCUUUGUGUUUGCCUCUCAGCUCACCCGAUUCACCUACACGUUUGGUCCCAAAUCUCAGAUUGCUGUCAUCAAGGCUGGUCAGUGGAAAGAGAUUCCAAUGGGUAGGAAUCCACCAUUAGUCAUCUCUUCCGACCAGCCCAUUCAAGUCCUCUACUACUGCAAUGGUGGAAAAUUUAGUGAUGGCUCUGAAUUUGACCCUUUUAUCAUGAAUAUUGUACCCAAUCAGCAGUUCUGUGAAUACCACACCUUAGAGGGUAUGGAGGACUUCAGGAACUAUGCCCUUAUCAUUGCCAUGACCGAGGACAUUAACAAAGUGCAAUUUGAUGACAAGCAUCCAUCCUUCAAUUGGCAGCAAGUUCAUGACACAGAAUACUCUUGGGCUCAUUACACCUAUAAGAAAGGGAGAGGUCACCACACAAUGAAGAGCCCUUGUGCCCCCAUUGGGGUUUAUAGUGUUGGGACAAAUGAUCAAAACAGCUAUGGAGCUCCUGCAGCCUGUGGACUCCUUACCUGCCACCACAAUGGUCAGUACUAUUCUCCUGGAAAGCCAUUCUGGGAAGAAUCUGGCUGCACAAAGCUCUGCCACUGCAACCCUUCCACAGGUUUCGUCACCUGCCAGACAUCUCAGUGCAAAGCUGAAGAAGAAUGUAAAGUUGUAAAGGGUGUGAGUGAAUGUGUGGCAAAAACCAUUCCUGCACCUGUUAAACCACUGAAAGUACUGCCCUGCACCCACAAGGGUCAGUCCCAUCCUCCAGGGAAACCCUUCUGGGAUGGUUCUGGUUGUACAGAGCUUUGCGAGUGCAACCCUUCCACAGGUUUAGUCACCUGCCAGAAAUCUCAAUGCAAACCUGAAGAAGAAUGUAAAGUUGUAAAGGGUGUGAGUGAAUGUGUGGCAAAAACCAUUCCUGCACCUGUUAAACCACUGAAAGUACUGCCCUGCACACACAAGGGUCAGUCCCAUCCUCCAGGGAAACCCUUUUGGGAUGGUUCUGGUUGUACAGAGCUUUGCGAGUGCAACCCUUCCACAGGUUUAGUCACCUGCCAGAAAUCUCAGUGCAAACCUGAAGAAGAAUGUAAAGUUGUAAAGGGCGUGAGUGAAUGUGUGGCAAAAACCAUUACUGCUCCUGUCAAGCCACUAAAAGUACUGCCUUGUACACACAAGGGUCAGUCCCAUCCUCCUGGGAAACCCUUCUGGGAUGGUUCUGGUUGUACAGAGCUUUGCGAGUGCAACCCUUCCACAGGUUUAGUCACCUGUCAGAAAUCUCAAUGCAAACCUGAAGAAGAAUGUAAAGUUGUAAAGGGUGUGAGUGAAUGUGUGGCAAAAACCAUUCCUGCACCUGUUAAACCACUGAAAGUACUGCCCUGCACACACAAGGGUCAGUCCCAUCCUCCAGGGAAACCCUUCUGGGAUGGUUCUGGUUGUACAGAGCUUUGCGUGUGCAACCCUUCGACAGGUUUAGUCACCUGCCAGAAAUCUCAAUGCAAACCUGAAGAAGAAUGUAAAGUUGUAAAGGGUGUGAGUGAAUGUGUGGCAAAAACCAUUCCUGCACCUGUUAAACCACUGAAAGUACUGCCUUGUACACACAAGGGUCAGUCCCAUCCUCCUGGGAAACCCUUCUGGGAUGGUUCUGGUUGUACAGAGCUUUGCGUGUGCAACCCUUCGACAGGUUUAGUCACCUGCCAGAAAUCUCAAUGCAAACCUGAAGAAGAAUGUAAAGUUGUAAAGGGUGUGAGUGAAUGUGUGGCAAAAACCAUUCCUGCACCUGUUAAACCACUGAAAGUACUGCCCUGCACACACAAGGGUCAGUCCCAUCCUCCAGGGAAACCCUUUUGGGAUGGUUCUGGUUGUACAGAGCUUUGCGAGUGCAACCCUUCCACAGGUUUAGUCACCUGCCAGAAAUCUCAGUGCAAACCUGAAGAAGAAUGUAAAGUUGUAAAGGGCGUGAGUGAAUGUGUGGCAAAAACCAUUCCUGCACCUGUUAAACCACUGAAAGUACUGCCUUGUACACACAAGAGUCAGUCCCAUCCUCCAGGGAAACCCUUCUGGGAUGGUUCUGACUGCACAGAGCUUUGCGAGUGCAACCCUUCCACAGGUUUAGUCACCUGCCAGAAAUCUCAGUGCAAACCUGAAGAAGAAUGUAAAGUUGUAAAGGGCGUGAGUGAAUGUGUGGCAAAAACCAUUACUGCUCCUGUCAAGCCACUAAAAGUACUGCCUUGUACACACAAGGGUCAGUCCCAUCCUCCUGGGAAACCCUUCUGGGAUGGUUCUGGUUGUACAGAGCUUUGCGUGUGCAACCCUUCGACAGGUUUAGUCACCUGCCAGAAAUCUCAAUGCAAACCUGAAGAAGAAUGUAAAGUUGUAAAGGGUGUGAGUGAAUGUGUGGCAAAAACCAUUCCUGCACCUGUUAAACCACUGAAAGUACUGCCCUGCACACACAAGGGUCAGUCCCAUCCUCCAGGGAAACCCUUUUGGGAUGGUUCUGGUUGUACAGAGCUUUGCGAGUGCAACCCUUCCACAGGUUUAGUCACCUGCCAGAAAUCUCAGUGCAAACCUGAAGAAGAAUGUAAAGUUGUAAAGGGCGUGAGUGAAUGUGUGGCAAAAACCAUUACUGCUCCUGUCAAGCCACUAAAAGUACUGCCUUGUACACACAAGGGUCAGUCCCAUCCUCCUGGGAAACCCUUCUGGGAUGGUUCUGGUUGUACAGAGCUUUGCGUGUGCAACCCUUCGACAGGUUUAGUCACCUGCCAGAAAUCUCAGUGCAAACCUGAAGAAGAAUGUAAAGUUGUAAAGGGCGUGAGUGAAUGUGUGGCAAAAACCAUUCCUGCUCCUGUCAAGCCACUAAAAGUACUGCCUUGUACACACAAGGGUCAGUCCCAUCCUCCAGGGAAACCCUUCUGGGAUGGUUCUGACUGCACAGAGCUUUGCGAGUGCAACCCUUCCACAGGUUUAGUCACCUGCCAGAAAUCUCAAUGCAAACCUGAAGAAGAAUGUAAAGUCAUGGAGGGCAUUGGUGAAUGUGUGGCAAAAACCAUUCCUGCAUCUGUGCAUCAAUCAGAAGAAAAAUAUCCCUUCGUGUACAUCACAGUUUACAUGUUCAAUUCAAAAAGAAAGGAGAAGAGCAAAAAUGCCCUCAACAUCAUCUCCUAUAAACCGCAUACAAAUGUGGUUGUCACCGUCAAUAAAUCUUCAUUCAGGAAAGAGCUGGAUUUGCAGGGGCCAAAAUCUGUGACAUUGCAAGUGCCUCCUGAAACUGAAAUGCAAGGUACUGGUAAAUAUACCAAAAUGACAAUUGUUCGUUCCACCAAACUCAUCACGAUUGUGUCCUCCAAUCAGAAGAAGAAUUCAGUUGACACCUCACUGGUGUACCCAGUGACUGAAUGGGGCAAAGAGUAUUAUGUCUUUACUCCAUCAGCAAGAGGAUACCCGAAAGAGUUUGCUGUCUUCAGUGGACAAGAUGCCACCUCUGUGACUGUACAGUUGAAGUGCGCUGUGAAAUUCCAGGGUAAAGCUUAUAAACCACGUGAUAAACUAACUGUAAAUCUUGGUGCAUCUGAAAUUCUCUACCUGGAGUCCAAUGAAGACUGCACCGGGUCAAGAGUGGUGUCAGAAAAGCCUGUAGGUGUCAUCUCAGGACAUGCUUGUGCUUGGAAGAACUCUAAAUGUCAGCACACCUUUGAACAGCUGUUACCUGUAGAGCGGUGGGGUACAUCUUUUAUUGUUCCACCUUUGGAGUAUCAGGUCCUGAAGGACUCUGUGUAUAUCUUUGCUUCAAAGCCCACUCAUGUCACUUACCAGUUUGGUGCCAAAUCUGAAGUCAUUGAUCUCAGCGCUGGUCAGUGGAAAGAGCUUCCAAUGGGUAAGAGUACACCAUUAGUCAUCUCUUCUACACAGCCCAUUCAAGUCCUCUACUACUGCAAUGGUGGCAAAUUUAGUGAUGGCUCUGUAUUUGACCCUUUUAUCAUGAAUAUUGUACCUACUGACAAGUUCUGCCAGGCCCACUCCCUAGAAGGUAUGGAGAGCUUCAGUAACUAUGCCCUUAUCAUUGCCAAGACCAAGGACAUUAAAGAAGUCCAAUUUGAUGACAAGCAUCCAUCCUUCAAGUGGGAGCAAGUUCAUGGGACAGAAUACUCUUGGGCUCCUUACACCUAUGAGAAAGGAAAAGGUCACCACAUGCUGAUGCAUCCUACUGCUCCUAUUGGAGUCUACAGUGUGGGCACAGCAAAUGAAAAUGGUUAUGGAGCUCCUGCUGCUUGUGCUCGUUUGGUCAGCUGUAAGGAGUCCAAAUGCAAAGCUGGAGAGGAGUGUAAAGUUGUAGAGGGCGUGAGCGAAUGUGUGGCCUUUCCUGCAUCUGUGAAUCUGCCGAAAGUACUACCUUGUACACACAAGGGUCAGUCCCAUCCUCCAGGGAAACCCUUCUGGGAUGGUUCUGACUGCACAGAGCUCUGCGAGUGCAACCCUUCCACAGGUUUAGUCACCUGCCAGAAAUCUCAGUGCAAAUCUGAAGAAGAAUGUAAAGUUGUAGAGGGUGUGAGUGAAUGUGUGUUAAAAACCAUUCCUGCACCUGUGCAUCAAUCAGAAGUCGAUGAGUGUCCAGUCAAGAACUGCUACUGUGAUCAUCAGGGGAAACAAAUGAAGUUUGGCGAGGCCUGGCUGAUGGGUAACUGCUCCGAGCGGUGCGUCUGCCUCGCUGGGGGGGCAGUGCAGUGCGAGAAGGUUGGGGGGUGCGCCCCAGGAGAAAGCUGCGUGGAGCGGGGUGGGGCGUGGGAGUGCUCCACGCCUGAGGCCACCUGCCACCUGCUCCCGUCCGGCGGGUUCCACAGCUUUGACGGGCUGGAGGACCGGCUGUGGAUGGAGGGGACCUAUUCUCUGGCAGUGCCUGGCCCCGAUGCCCAGUUUGCAUUCAGGAUCACUGCCCACCUGAACCUCUUCGCCUGUGAGCCCGCGGUGACCUUCACCACCCUCUUCUACAAAGACCUGAAGGUUGAGGUGAAGAGAGACUUGACGACAGAGGUGGAUGGAAAAGCGGUGUCCCUUCCUUUCCGCACAAACAACGGCCUCGAAAUUGAGGAGUCCCAGGACACUGUGGUGGUUCGGCACACCUCCGGGCUGACCUUGCUCUACUGCGGCAGCGGGAGGGUCAGCGUGACCCUCACCGCGGCCUUCAGGGGCAAGAUGGCGGGUCUGUGCGGCAACUUCAACGGCCAAGCCAAAGAUGACCUGAGGCUCCGCGAUGGCUCCGUUACCGAAGAUUUUGAUGAAUUCUACAAGGAUUUGAGGGUUUGACCAGGAUUGAGGAGAUACUCAUCUUAAUUUGAGAUGGAGACCUAAAGCAUUCUGGACUCAAGAGAUUUGCUGGAAUGGAAACCAUAUCUCUGCUUUACCCUUGGUGGCUAUGGAAUCAAAGCAACAUGAGAAUUUGUAUUAUUUUCUAUUGUGUUCUGUUCUUAUUUUUACAUUUAAACUUCAUUCAUUUAUGAGGCUUUUUGCAUUCAGAGCAUACACAUGUAUCAGUUUAAGCCUGCAUCAGUGCAGGGCAUGAUAUAGAUCUAGUCUCUGCAAUCAGAUUUAAGUUAAGUUUUUAUGGAUUUUUUUUCCAUUUAUGAAAAAGUGUU